ACACCUACAUUCCCACACCAGGACCCCUUCUUGGGCUCUCGGAUAGAGGGGCCUAAUCUGGCGGCGUAGAGUUGAGUUGACUCGGGCGCGACGGGAUCCAUCGAAGGUCCCCUACGAGCCGGGGGAAGCCGUGGGGGUAACCAGGAAGCGCUCCCGGCGCUGUUGGCGCUGCGGUGUUCGGGAGCCCCCCUACCCGAGACCGUGACCCCCAUCGCUCGGCUCCCGGUGCUCGCCGGCCGCCGGCCCGCUCCCGGAAGCGGUGGCAGCUGGUAACAAAGAGCCGGCCAGGCCGCCACUGCCCGGGCUGCGGGACCCAGGAGUCCGGCGGUAGCUACGGGGAGUGAGCGAGAGCUGGGCCAUGAGGCCAGCUUCGCGGCGGUGAGGGGCAGCCGAGGCGCUGGUGCGGGCCGAGAAGCCGGUGCCUCCCUCCUCGCCGGCCACAGGAUUCGGGGCGCGGGUGCCUCUGCUUCUCGGGCCGCUACCUCCAGGAAGCCUGCUUCCCCGAUCUUCUUCCGGCGGCGCCUGGCCUUGCGCUGCGGGGACAGACGCUCUGCCUCGGGCCGCCGAACGCCGGGUUUUCUCUGCGGGACUCAGAGGACCCGGCUCUUCCCCGAGCGGUCCUGAAGCUUUGUGUAAAGAAGCCGGGGAAGCCUGAGGGGUUUUGUUUUGUUUUGUUUUGUUUUUAAUAAAAAGUUUUUAUAAGUCCCCAUUUUUAGAAAUUUUUGUAGACUUUGAAGUCCUCUACCUCUUGCGCAUCCUUCCUCCUGCUCCUCGAGUCUUUUUCCUUAGCUGGAAACAUUUUUUACUCUCGGAGCGGACCGGGGAUGAUCGUUUUGUAAUUGAAACUGUAACUGUUAAAACCUCGUCGAGAUUGUAGUCAAGAUGGACAAAAAAUCCUUUGAAAUGGUGCUGGAUGAAAUUAGAAAGGCUGUUUUGACAGAGUACAAAUUAAAAGCGAUUGAAUAUGUACACGGAUAUUUCUCUAGUGAACAGGUGGUUGAUUUACUGAGAUAUUUCUCCUGGGCGGAGCCUCAGUUGAAGGCAAUGAAAGCAUUACAGCAUAAAAUGGUGGCUGUUCACCCAGGAGAAGUGGUCAAUAUACUCAACUGUUUCACCUUCAGUAAAGACAAACUAGUUGCUCUUGAACUGUUAGCUUCAAACAUUGUUGACGCACAGAAUUCUCGUCCCAUUGAAGAUUUGUUCAGGAUAAAUAUGUCUGAGAAGAAACGGUGUAAGAGGGUGCUUGAACAGGCUUUCAAAGGGGGCUGCAAAGCUCCUCAUGCGAUGAUAUCUUCUUGUGGAACAAUCCCAGGAAAUCCAUAUCCCAAAGGAAAACCUAGUCGCAUCAAUGGAAUUUUCCCAGGAACCCCUUUGAAGAAAGAUGGUGAGGACUGUUCCAAUGAAGGCAAAGGAAUAGCCGCACGGAUUCUUGGACCAUCCAAACCACCUCCUUCAACAUACAAUCCACAUAAACCUGUUCCUUACCCGAUACCUCCAUGCCGACCACACGCAACUAUUGCACCAAGUGCUUAUAACAAUGCAGGUCUGGUACCGUUAGCCAACGUCAUAGCUCCAGGAGUGCCCCCGCCACCUCCAUAUACUCCUAAUCCAGUAGCAGCAGAGAAUGAAGACCUCUCCAGUCAGUCAAAACCUACACAGAAUCAAGCAUUCUCCACCCCAGCCAGUCAACUCUUUCCCCCGCAUGGCUCCAAUCCCUCGACACCCGCUGCAACUCCGGUUCCUACCGCUUCCCCGGUUAAGGCAGGAACUCAUCCAUCAGCCUCGGCCACCGCAAGCCUCCCAGGGAUGAACUUGGCGAAUACCGUCCUUCCUGUGUUCCCGGGGCAGGUCUCCGCCAUUCACCCGCCUCAGCCCAUGACGCCGAAUCCCACGGUGAUCAGGACGCCUUCGCUGCCGGCCGCCGCAGUGACAUCUGUCCACAGCACCACGGCCACGCCCGUUCCUUCUGUGUUUUCUGGCCUCGUUCCCCUGCCGGGUCCUCCCGCCCUCCCAGCCCCGGCCCCUCAGGCCACGGCUGCGCCUCGGGCCACCCCGGCUUCCAGUGAAACGUUCACCAGCCUCCCCUUCCCCGCCACCUCUACCGCUGCCGCCACCAACAACCUCAACUCCGCUUCGCUGUCGUCGGUUUUCGCAGGGCUCCCCUUGACCCUGACGCCGGUGUCCCAAGGCGUGUCCAACCCGACACCCUCCGUCAUCGCUGGGGGCUCGACUCCUGGUGUCGCCUGUCCCCUGGGUGUGAACAGCCCCCUCCUAUCUGCCCUGAAAGGCCUCCUGACGUCCAGUGAUACCAGCCUCAUCAGCUCCUCUGCCCUGCCCUCUGCGGUGACCAGCGGGCUGGCCUCGCUCUCCUCCCUGGCCAACCAGGGCGCCGACCCCCCGGGCUCAGCCCCUAACAAGGGCUACGGGCCACCGCAGGUGCCCACACCGGGCCUGGCGCUGUUCCCCGGGCUGCCCUCGCCCGUGGCCAGCGCGGCGGCCUCCACGCCGCCCGCCCUGCCCACACCCGCAGCCCCCUCCUCAGCCUCCUCGGGGCCGGCCGCGGCGGGCUGCGGCUCCUCGGCCGCCCACCCGCACGGCCCCGCGACCCCUGCUGUCACCACCCUGCCCGUGGUGGUCAAGACGGAGCCCACCAGCCCCACGCCCUCGGCCUUCAAGGGCCCGGCCCCCACCGCCGCUGCGGGCGCGCUGGGCCUUUCCAGUGCCCUGGGCCGGGCGUACCCCGCGGCCUCGGUGCCCAUCAGCCUGCCGUCCUGCCUUAACCCCGCGCUGCCGGGCCUCCCGGGGCUGAGCGCACCCCUGACGGGCUCGAGCGCCCUGCCCGCCCUGCCCCUGGCCCCGCACGGCUCCUCCACACCCAUCACCCCAGUCUUCACUGCCCUGCCUCCAUUCACGUCCCUGACCAGCAGCUUCCCCCUGGCUGCCACCCCAGCCCUCAACCUCCCGGUCUCCGCGCCUGCCGCCCCCGCCUCCACCUCUGCGGCGCCUCCGCACCCCGGCCCGGGCUCCGCAGCACCUGCGCUACCCGGACUCUCGGCCCCAACACCUGCCUCUGCGGCCGCGGCCUUCCCCCUCAGCCUGCCAGCUGCCGUGCCCUCACUCUUCUCCGUGGCACAGGGCCCACUGCCGGCCUCGGCACCCUCCUACCCCGGCUUCUCCGUCUCCAGCGCCCCUGGGGCCCCCGCGCUGCCCGCCUUCCCUGGCCUGCAGCCGCCUGCCACCGGUGCCGCCACUGCCCCGUCUCCAGCGCCCGUCCUCCCGGGCUUCGCCUCUGCCUUUAGUUCCAAUUUCAACUCGGCUCUGGUUGCGCAGGCCGGCUUAUCCUCUGGACUUCAAGCUGCAGGUAGUUCAGUUUUUCCAGGCCUCUUGUCCCUCCCAGGCAUCCCGGGAUUUUCCCAGAAUCCCUCACAGUCAUCCCUGCAGGAAUUGCAGCAUAAUGCAGCUACACAGUCAGCAUUGUUACAGCAGGUCCACUCAGCGUCAGCUCUGGAAAGCUACCCAGCUCAGCCGGAUGGGUUUCCUAGUUACCCUUCAGCACCAGGAACACCAUUUUCUCUGCAGCCAGGCCUGUCCCAGAGUGGGUGGCAGUGAAUACAUUUUAACGCAUAUCCUCCUGCAGAGCAACGUCAGAAUUGCCCGAGGACCGCAGUGAACCGUCUGACAAAUGUGAAGUUGGCCAGAAGUCAGGAAAUGAGGCUAAGGAUGAUCCUGGGGAAACUGUGAUAAGAGUUUUAAAAAAAAAACACAGUUGUGUUCUUUAAAAAUGUUUUUAAGUGUGAGCACUCCCCUAUGUAAAUAUACUGAUGACAAAUUGUACAGAGAAUAGUAUUUUAAAAAGUGUUUGGGGACUUUUCACCUGCACCCUAUGACAUUUUGAAAGGUGUACAUGAGCGGUGUAGGGGACUACUAAAGAGGGUGUUGGACUCUUUCUAGCCGAAUACAGCCUUAACUCUGCCUGUACAGCAUCCAUGGACGGAAGUAAUGGUCGUGCCUCAGACUUACAGGUCGCAUGUGGCCCUGGGGGACUUACCACCCUUGAUGCGCUUGAGUGGUUCCUGUUAGCAUCGAUGGAACUCAGUAUCCAUACUCCAGAUACAUCCACAAAAGGGAACUUGAGACCCACCAUUAUUUUUAACCCCUGACAUUAACAAACAUACAUGUACUGCUGAAUUUAACCCAGUGUAUUUCAGCUAAGUGAAAAUGGUGCUUCAUAGAGUCCUUAGAAUGACUUUCAGGUGUUUUCAACUAAAAACAUAUAUUAUAUAUAUACAUCCAGAACUACUUUCUUACAGAAAUACAAGUAAGGCCUGUGAUAAUUUGCCUUCAAAACAUAUUUCUUAAUCUCAGCAGUAUCCAAAUGUGAGUGAGGAACAUUGGACUGACCCUUGGGCCACCUCUAUUACUCAUUGUACUCUGGAAGCUCUUGGUGAAUGUUUACAAUCAUGGGAUGUAGUAUUUCUAUUUGUACUUAGAAUCAAAUGCUUAACUAAAAUAAUGAUGUGACAACAGAUAGAGAAGACUUUGCUCUGUUAGUAAAUAUGCAGUGUGUACUCUAUUUAAGGACCUGUGGUAGUAUAACAUGAUUGAAUGUCAUUAAUUUAAGUAAAAUAACUGCCACAUUCAGGGGGAUCGGGGGAGUAGCAAGAAUGAUUUCCAAUCCUGUGAUUAAAAGUAUAAACUAUAGAAUCUAUUGUGGUACAUUUCAGCAUCUAGAAGUUUUACUUUUAUAAAGACGGUGUCUAGAAGAUGUUGCUAAUGUAUUUUCCUUCAACAUGGGGAACAAACUUUUUAAGUAUAUUAAUAAAUAUUCCUGUAUGGUCAGUUUUUAACAGUUUUUUAAAAUAAACUUUAUGGAUAUAACAGA